GUUUUUAACUCUCCUAAGUAAAAUUUAAGGGUGUUUCGUACCUAUCCGGUGUAAGAUUAUCUUCGGUAUCCGGGUAAAAUCCAUCAGUCUGCGAUGAUCGUCCAUCUUUUCCUCGAUCUUGACUUUUAUUUCUUUUAACUCUAUUAAUGUUUCUUCAGCAGGAGUUACCUGCUCGUUGAUAAACUCUCUCUGAGACUGAAUUAAAGACAUUUUCACUGCAGAUACUCAAAUAUUUAGCUAAACCUCAAACCCGUCUUCAAACAACCGUCUAACAGAAGACAAGCUAACUAUAUCCUGUGUGCUCUGUUUACGUCUUCCGCGUGUUUCACUGUGACUGUCCUGAAUAAACUGCGAACGAUAUAUAAGAUCCGCUGCGAGUCACCUUUUAAUAUACAUUUAUAGUUCGUAAAUUAAAGUAUUAUUUAAAUUUUUACUUAUUUUAGGAACUCAAUUCCAAAAUAGUGUAAUUUGUUUAAAAUAACUUACAAUAAAAAGAGAAGACUCAACGAAAAUUCAAAGCGGAACUUGUAAAUCGUUUACAGUUUCUUCAGUACAGCCACAGUGAAACACACGGAAUUACACGACGCACACGGUAGCUUAGCUUUCUUUUGUUAGAAGGUAAUUCGAAGACGGAUUUGGUGUUUUGGGUAAAUAUUUGCAGUAAAAAUGUCUUCAGUUCAGUCUCAGAGAGAGUUUAUCAACGAGCAGGAAACUCCUGUUGAAGAAACAUUCACAGAGUUGAAAGAAAUCAACGUCAAGAUCGAGGAAGAGAUGGAGGAUCAGCGCAGAAUGAUGGAUUUUACCCGGAUACCGAAGAUCAUCUUAAACCGGACAGAUCUCCCACAGGGCCGUCUGUGUAAAGAGGAGGAGGUUCUGAAUGAGCCCAGCAACCAGGAAGAGAACUCCACUUUAGAUGAAGAGGAACCAGAACCUCUGAGGAUAAAACGGGAGCAAGACGAACCAGAACCUAUUAAUAUGAAACAUGAGCAAGAAGAAUCAGAACCUCUACAGAUAAAACAGGAACAAGAGGAACCAGAACCUCUGCAGAUAAAACAGGAACAAGAGGAACCAGAACCUCUGCAGAUAAAACAGGAACAAGAGGAACCAGAACCUCUGCAGAUAAAACUGGAGCAAGAGGAACCACAACCUCAACAGUUCAAAGAGGAAGAGAAGCAACUCGGCAUCAGUCAGGAUGAAGAGCAUCUUGUGCUGAAACAGAAGACUGAUGAUAUUUUCCUGAACAAACAGCAGAAAGGCAAAACUGAGACUUCAAAACAGAAUACACACAAGAAAGCUCACCCAAACCAAAAACUAUAUUCUUGUAAAUUUUGUGAUAAAACCUUUUCUCAAAGUAUUUCCUUGACGUCACACAUGAGAAAUCACAAGAAACCUUUCACAUGUUCAACCUGUGGAAAAAGUUAUCCUUGCAAGAGUCGUUUAAUUUAUCACAUGAGAAUUCACACAGGGGAAAAACCGUUCACAUGUGCAGCUUGUGGAAAAAGUUUCUAUCACAAAGACACUUUAAAAGUUCAUAUGAGAAUUCACUCAGGUGAUAAGCCUUACACAUGCACAACCUGUGGAAAAGGUUUUCUCUGUAAAUCUCUGUUACUUGAACACAUGAUGAUUCACAUAGCUAAGAAGCCUUUCUCCUGUGGAACGUGUGGAAAAGGUUUCAGUCAUAAAAGAAAUUUAACUGUUCACAUGAGAUUUCACACGGGUGAGAAGAUUUUCUCAUGUGGGACCUGUGGAAGAAAUUUUGUGUCUAAAUCUCACUUAGUUAAUCACAUGGGAAUUCACACAAAUGAGAAGCCUUUCUCAUGUGGGACCUGUAAAAAAUGUUUCCGAAGGAAACCCGACUUAGACAGUCACAUGAGAAUUCACACAGGUGAGAAGCCUUUCUCAUGUGGGACAUGCGGAAAAAAUUUUGCUCGAAAAAACUCUUUAAAUUCUCACAUGAAGACUCAUACAAGUGAGAAUUCUUUCUCGUGUGGGACCUGUAGAAAAAGUUUCACUGAUAAAGAAAAGUUGACUGUUCACAUGAGAUUUCACACUGGUAAGAAGCCUUUCUCUUGUGGGACCUGUGGGAAAGAUUUUGUGUAUGAAUCAAACUUAGUCAGUCACAUGAGAAUUCACACAGGUGAGAAGCCUUUGUCCUGUGGAACAUGUGGAAAAGGUUUUGCUCAUAAAAAAAGUCUAACUGCUCACAUGACAUUGCACACAUGUGCAAAGAGUUUGUCAUGUAUGACCUGUGGAAAAAGUUUUGUGUACAAUUCACACUUAGUUAAUCACAUGAGAAUUCACACAGGUGAGAAGCCUUUCACUUGUGAGACCUGUGGAACAAGUUUCGCUCAUAAAAUAAAUUUAACUGCUCACAUGAGAGUUCACACCGGUGAGGAGCCUUUCUCUUGUGGAACCUGUGGAAAAUGUUCUGUGUGUAAAUCCAGUUUACUUCAUCACAUCAAUCAAUCAAUCAGUCAAUCAAUGUUAUUCAUAAAGGAUCCUUCAGCACUUCAAAGUGAUCCAGGAAAUGGUUAAAAAGUCGGGUGUUGAGCCAGCUCUUGAAGACGUCAGCAUUUUCUGGUUCUCUGGGAAACCGUUCCACAUGCAGGAACCAUUACACUGGAAAGAAGCCUCUCAAUAAGUGUGUGUCCAUUUAUAAUAUAUUUGUUUAAAAGAGUGGACAUUUAAAAGAGCCAUAUUAAGAGUGACAGGUGCACUGUUAACAUUAAUUGUGGGUGCCAAUAAUAAUGUUUUUCCAAAAGUCUAAGGUUGUUAAAGUUCACUGAAUGGAUACGGUUAUGUAUAUUUGUUCCCUUUAUUUAGUCUGAAAUUAAAUUAACCAGUUAAUGGGGACAAAUUGGCCUGCCCCAAAGGUAUGUAUAUAACGGUCAGGAGAAGAAUAGAAGCCAAGACUAUACAUCAGUUAGUAUCAGACUGGUCAGAUGUAGUGAUAAUAUGGUUACCAGAUAUGGUUACCAUGGGGAUUAACAUGGCUGAGAAGCCUUUCUCUUGAGGGUACUGUAGAAAAAGUUUUGCUCAAAAGAAAUUUAGCCAUUCACAUGAGAACUCAUGCAAGUUUUAUGGCAUAAUGUGAACUUCAAGUACCAAGAUUCUCAGUAACUUGCUGUUUGGAAGUGGAGUAAUUAUAACUGGAUUGCUUUUUUAAAUGUAGCAACUUUGCUUAAACAGCUUUUCAAAUCAGAUAUUUAGCUGAAAUACUUUAACAUUUACUUUAUUCUUGCAAUUUAUGUUUUCAUUUGUAUUUUUUAAUGAGAGUGAAGGAGAUAUUAAUAGUCUCUUGAAGGAGAAAUAGUUUUGAAUGCUUUCAGAUUUAGAAUUGUAAAGUUUUUGAGACUUUAUUGUGUGUUUAUCCUUUGUACUUAUUUCUUUUAUUUCAAUGGUUCUGAGAAAUGGAUGCAUGUUAGCUGCUACUGCAUGUGCUGGAAAAGUCACAAAUUAAUAGGGCUGUGUAAUAAUAUCGAUUUUGCGAUAUAUAUCAAUAUUUUCUUUCCUAGAAAAAAAU